AUGCGGGCCGUGCUGGGGGCCGGGGAGGGAGCGCCUGCCGAUGGCGGCGGCAGCGGCACCGACGGCAGCGACGGUGAGGGCGUGCACAUUGUGGCAGACGCGCCUGAUGCUCGUUUCAGGCGCGUGGCGGCCCUGAUGCGGUCCAGGGACAGGCAGGACAAGGCGACGGCGGCGGCGCUGCGGCGGGAGAUGCGGGCCGACAAGAAGGCCCGGCGCAGGGCGCGCGAGGAGGCCGAAGGAGAGGGCGGCGCCCCGGUGGCGACGCUGGGCGGCAGGGGCGGCGCCAGCGACUCCGAAGGAGAUGGCAGCAGCAGCGGCGGCGGCAGCGGCGACGAGGGCGAGCGGGGGCCGGCGCGCGCGCAGGCGGUGGCGCGGCCGGACGCAGCCCACCGGGGCAUGCAGCGGCGCUCGUCCGGGCCCGCGGCGGGGCCGGCUGCGGAGGACAAGGGAGCGGCCGCCAAAGCGCCGGCGGGGGCGCUGUCGCUGCAGCAGCAAGAAGAGCUGGCCUUGCGGCUGCUGCGCGGCCGGGCGUGA